GACCUGUGGCGGGCACACGCGGUGCCCGGGGUGGGUAACUUUUUUGUUGUCGUGGCCAUUUCUCGCUCGGUCAGGCUGUCAUGAGUUUGCCUCUCAAUCCGAAGCUUUUCCUCAACGGGCUGACUGGGAAGCCCGUGAUGGCGAAGCUGAAGUGGGAAAUGGAAUACAAGGGCUACCUCGUCUCCGUCGACGGCUACAUGAACAUGCAGCUUGCAAAUACAGAAGAAUAUAUUGAUGAUGCAUUAUCUGGACACCUUGGUGAAGUUCUGAUAAGGUGUAAUAAUGUCCUUUACAUAAGGGGUGUGGAAGAGGAGGAAGAAGAUGGAGAAAUGAGAGAAUAAAG